GUUGUUUACUUUUGCAAAUUUAGCUUUCUUCCCAGGUUUAGAAUGUAAUGGUAAUCUAGUUCCUACUACAGGAAAUUGUUGUUAUGAUUGUGAUUGUGGUUGUGUUAAUUGUACGGCUAAUUGUUAG